GCACGUCACCCUUGAUUGCGAUAACGAUCGGAGAAAAACGUUGUAUAUGUGGAUUGAUUAACUCUGUCAAUCCUCAUGACAGGAUCGAAAAUGUAAGUAAGUCUGAACCUGUUCUGAACAUCGAAAUGAAGGACGGGGAACAUGUUGAUGACAAUAUUCCUCCGUUGGGAGGAAACGGGGAACGUAGCGCACAUAAACUUUCCAGAGAACCCCCGAAGAUAUCCGAUGAAGACUCUCCCUUGUUGGACUCCAUGGGGAAUAUUAAGUCCUACAAACGCCGGUGGUAUGUUCUGGCGGUGUUUUCGCUUGCUGGUUUUCUUCAGGCUGGGGUUUGGAACGUUUUCGGACCUAUUGCUCAGUCAGCUAAGGCUGUGUUCGGGUGGACGGAUGCCAAUAUAGGCAUGCUGAACAACUGGGGGAAUAUUAUGUACGUUGUGUUCAUGUUUCCAGUGGCCUGGCUGGUGGAUGUCAAAGGACUGCGGAUAUCAAUGCUGUGUUGCGCUGUGCUGCUGGUGUUUUUGACGGCCAUGAGGUGCAUCACGAGUGACCCAGUACACGCUACAUGGUUGAUAAACAUUGCAGCAAUUGUGAACGGUGCGGCUAGCAUUGUGCCCUUCGCCGGCCCCGCCCUCUUCUCUGCCACGUGGUUUCCCCCUAACCAGAGGGCAACUGCUACAGCCGUGUCAACUGUCUUCAACUACAUCGGCAUAUCUGUCGGCUUCAUCAUCGGUCCGCUAUUGGUGCCACAACCAGAUGAAUCACCCUUGAACAUAACCGACAUGCCACCUAUAAAUUCGUCAAGUCAGGGGAACUCCAAUCCAUUCAGUCUGACACCACACGCUAACCUGUCGGAGGUGAGAAGCGGCAUCAUGAGGCUGAUGUAUACAGAAUGUGCGGCUUGUGUGCUGCUGCUGCUCCUGGUGGUGGUGUACUUCCCCGCCAAGCCCCCCUCUCCCCCCAGCCUCACAGCGUCCAUAGAGAGGCCAAGCUACUUACAUGGGCUCAAAGGACUAUUCACGCAUAAACGCUUCUGGGUGAUAAUGGUGGCCUACAGUGUACCAACGGGAGUUUACGUGGAGUUUGCGGCAAUUCUGGAUGUCAUUCUGAAUGGAGUCGGUGUAUCACAGUACCAUGCCGGUUGGAUUGGCUUUUAUGCCACGAUAGGCGGUUGUGUAGCUGCGAUGGUGAUGUCCAGGAUUGCUGACCUGUGUCUACGUCACAUGAAGAUGAUGUUGUUGGUCCUAUUCGUCUUAGCAACAGCAUCCACACUCUGGUUUGUCCUGCUGCGUCUGUCCUUCAUCCCCUUUAGCUUUGUUUCACUGUACAUCUCCUGCAUCCUGAUGGGAGUCUUCAUCAAUGGUUCUAUCCCGCUGUUCUUCGAGCUUGGGUGUGAGGCAUCAUACCCUAUCGCCGAGGGCGUCACGGGCGCUGUUCUCACCAUGGCCAACAACCUGACUGGUGUCAUCUUUCUAUCUGUGCUGCAGAUCCCAAGAAUAGGUGUUGCGUGGAUGGACUGGUGCAUGCUUGGCUCUGUAGCAGCUGCAGUACCCCUACUCCUGUUGUUCACAGAGAAGUACACCCGGACUGACAUCGACACACAGAAGACCAUUGUUCCAGAGCCUGAAGAGAGAGCUGUUGCGUUGAUCAAUACAAACAAGAAAAUUGGUUGAUACGAACACAGCACACAUACUGAGAGUGUAUUUAAAUAUGCCUUUGACUCGCAGCUGAUAGGUGAAUCCGUGGCUUACUGUUUCGUAAUGUGGCCUUUUCCUACUUUUUAUUGAGAUUAACCAACAUGCCGCCAGGAAGGAAUACUCUGACACUCACAAUCACGCAUAAAGAGACCUUCCUUCCAGGCAUACUCACGACAAGUCUAACCAAAUAAACCGUGUACUGACUGUUGUCCAUUUACGAAGAUAUGUAUUAUAUCAAGACUGAGAAUACAUUUAUCUGUUGGUUAUGGUGCUGGGUAGCCAACUGAUCGCAUUUUGCUGCUGUGAUGGGACAUACUUCGAGAAACUUGUUCUUGGUGCUGACAGUGAUACAAGCGUAAUUAUUACAUUGAUAUGACCACACGUAAGGUAACAGGUGGAUAAUGAGAGAACUGCAACGAUGACCUCUAACGAGCGAGGUUGAAAUUAAUGUGAUACUUGCUGAAGGUUUACAAGUGUUGAACACAUCUCGGUGUAGAUAACGCUUGCCUGCUUGCCUCCUUAAAUGGAAGCAGAUUAAAUGUCGAUCGGAAGGGACGUGUGUUGUAUGUACUACUCUCUGUCAGUUGGCUCUGCUAAUCACGCAUCUUUCUUUAUUGGAAUAGCUGAUACUAUUAUUUCCUGAUAUGAUUUUACACAAACAUCAACAAGCCUUGGUCUCAUGAUAUCUGUGAAAUAGCUGACCAUGACAUCUGUGAAAUAGCUGACCACAGAAAACCAAUAGGAAAACCGAGUUGGACAUACUUCUUUGCCGUCAGAUUUGGUUUAACUUCGUUCAAAUGUGCUGUUAUUCUGAGGAUUGUGUGUUCGCCAAACAACAUUAUACUUUUAAUAUUGAUUCGUUCACAGUAAUUGUAAAUUUUGAAAUGGGUUAAAGCCAUUUGUCGAAGUAAGGAUGUGAGGAUUCCUUGAUACUGAAAAUACCUAGAAUAAAGCACCAAGCAGGGUAAUGUGAUUGCACCUUGUUUGUUUAAUAUUAUGAAAAAUGACCUACUAUAUUCGCUAUCUUUUAAUGUUGAUGCAUUUCAGUUAGCUGAUGAUGGGACCUUCUGAAGACGCAUAGGUCACUUUCCAUUGGUACAAAACCUCCUGCGCACCGUUCCGAAAAGCGAUCUUAGCGCUACGACUCUCGUAAGCCAGUGUUAAAGAAUGGGACUUACAAUCACCUUAGCGCUAAGAUGGCUUUGUGGGACGGGGUCCUGAACGUAGUUCAUAGAUGGUGUUGUAAUUGGGCUUGUAAUAUAUCUCAUACUAAGACGCGGUGAUGUUCACAGGGAGAAAUACCCUCAUAAUAAAGAAUUAUGGUAACGUGAUCAACUUUGUUUAAAAAUUCAAAACUUCCAGGCAUAUACUUUGAUGAAAUGCUGACAUUCUUUUCUCGUAUGACCAGUAUCAUUACCAAGCGUAACACAUUGCUAUAUAAAGCUUUGAUUCUGUCAAGGGCAGACCUUGUAUGUAAUAUGUUCACCAAUGCCUCAAAAUGCCGUCUCAUAGAACUGGCAUUCAAUCAAAGGCACAACGACUUUGUAUUGAAGUAUUCCUGACAAUUUCAAUAGCUAUUGUACAAGCUGAAUGUUCGGAAAUGCCUUUAAACCUCUGACGCCAAGAACUGACAUUGAAAUACAUGAAAAUUAAAUCAAUGAACGAAUAUCAAUCUGCAACUGAGCGUGUAGAAUAUGUGAUGUGUAAUUGGGUUGAUGGUACAACCCUAAAUCAUUUUUGAAUCUCAUCUCAUCCUCGCGAGUCAUGGGAUUGUGACGAUAUUGUUCGGAUGCAAUGUGUGAUUGGGCAUUAAUAUGCUGCAAUUAGGAUGUCGGACAAAAAUGUAAUAAUAUAUAAUGCUUGUUUCUUUUCUUCAUUAUAGUUCAGUGACAUAUGAGCAUACAAUAGACAAAAGUACAGUCAACUAUAUCACCAUAUAACUGACUGCCUAAUUAAUGCCAGCUACUUCAUGCCUAAAUGACUUGACGAUGUUUACAAAUAUUUUGUUGACAUCAGGAUUUCGAUAUGCAAUAUGGAUGUUGGCAAUGUGAAGAUAUUUAUUCAUCUCUUGAACAAAGAUGAUUUAAUAACCUUCAACAAUCAUGGUGUUGUUCUCUUAAUAGCAUAUAUGAUACCUGGGACUGAAGCAUUUUUAAUCCCUGUUAGUUGUAAAAAAAUAUCUUUUAUUGAAGAUGAAUUUCUUAUAUUGCUUGUGUGUGAGCGUUAUUCAGCUCAAAGAAGAAUAUCAAGUCUCAAACAGUAACAUCUUUGACUUAAAUUAUUUCAUCUGAA